GGAGUGGGGUGCGUUAGAGCCUCGCGCGGUCGGCGGUGGGCGCGGGCGGGUGAAAAAGCGGGAGGACAAGGCGCAGGACCGGUCGCGCCGUUCACAAGCUGUCAGCGAGUGCGACGCGCGUUCUGGUCUUCAGAAAGCACGGACACAAACCAGACCUUGACGACCAGGCGACGUUCUUCCUUCGAAGUACCUGACGCAGUACUGGUACUCGGUGCUUACAGACACGUCAUGCGGUGACAAUGGGAGUGAAUUGACUGAAGUGAUCCCGCUGGGAUUUGACGGCACGUGCAGUCAGUGGCCACCGCUCGCUGUGUGCCCCGAAACGUGCAAACCCGCCGCCCCGAACUGCGGACGGAACUGCGACGUGACCCUCGAGUCGCGUGCAAAGUGAACCGGCCCGGCGAUCCGUCACCAUUCGGCGCCGGGGAGCGCCUUUUCACGGGACUCAUCCGUCAUGAUCCUGAGAGAGAGAUCGUAGUGAUCGGUGACAGGACAUGCUCGAAGAAUCCGAGGAGUAGACACGCCUCAGGAUGCUGAAGCACGUGCACCUGAGUCCGGUGCGGCCGGCGGCGGGCGGCCGGCCGGGUCGGCCCGACACCUUCAGCCUCAGCUCGUCGGGCAGCCUGGGCGUGGCGCCCGAGGGCACGCUCUCGUCACGCUCCUCGUCCUAUACGUCGUUGAACGAGACGCAGAGCAGCGCGGCCAGCAGCAGCUCGCAGGGCGCGGCGAGCGUCGCCUCGCAGCCACCGCAGACCGUCAGCGCCGCCGCCCAGGCCGACGGACCGUCGAUCCCUGUGAAGGUGUACGCGCGCUGCCUGCGCUCCGACAUCGAGUACAAGACGCUAGGUGUGACGUUCGGCACGACAUGUCGGGAGCUGGUGUCGACGCUGCUCAACAAGUACCGCAUGAAGCACCGCGACCCCAAUCUCUUCUACCUGACCAUGGAAGUGGGCGUCCGGUCCACAGAGAACACGGCACGCACGGUGCUCGUGCUGGACGACGAGGCCAAGCCGGCCCAGCUGCAGGCCUGUCGACCCAAGGGAGACACCAGGCUUAUUCUGAGGAUGCGGCAAGGCGGCCUGGUGCGCAUCUAUGACGGCAUCCUCAUGCAGGGGUCCCACUACAAGAGCCUGCUGGUCUCCGAUCGGACGGAGACGACGGAGCUGCUGCGCCUCAUCCUCAACUGCAACAACUGUCGGGAGUCCCCCGAGCGCUUUUUCCUGCUCGAGGUGUGCCGGACGGCCCGGUACGAGCGUCGGCUGCGGCCCACCGACCGGCCCGUGCAGGUACAGGCCAGCUGGAAGGACCGCGACCACUACUACUUCGUGCUGCAGCGCGAGCAGGCCACGCGCCGGCCCAGGAAGCUGCCGUGGAGGCCGAACCUGGAGUCGGUGGACUCGCUGGAGAGCCUCUCGCCCUCGCACACGCCGCCCAAGACGCCCGUCAAGUCGCCCAGCUACCACGACUACGAGAACUACUUCUACAUCUAGCGGUGCGGGGCGGCGCGCCGGUGCCAGCUCAGAGACUGGCGACGCCAGAUCGCCGGCGUCGGUGACGCGGCGCGGCAGUGACGAGCAGUGACGCGCGGGUCGCUGGCGGUGACGUCACGCGCCCCUGCGGCGCUGGCGGUAAACACUCCGUGUGGGACGCCUCGGUGACCCAUCUGGGAUCGCCGCAGGCUGUCCGCGGUCAUCCCUCAUCUUCAAGGCUGCGGUGCUGGAGAGGCGGCGCGGACUGCGGUGUGUGUCAGACCACCAGAACCGCGCCGCCGGCCUGACUUCGACGUCGAACGGCACCGAGAAUAGGCGCGCGGCUGCGCGUCGUGAAUUUGUCUUAAUUGUGUUCUGCCUCGCUGUUGGCCUAUUAGCAAGCCAUCGCUCACGCCAAGGACUGGACAAGUCAGAAGUUGUGUCGGAUCCACGCUCAAAAUAGACAGGAUGGGUGGAGAAAUGGGGCGCCUGUCGGCAGCGACGGUGUGACGACGAAGUGACGACGACGGUUGACGCCGGCGAUGUCAACGAACGGCGGCCGUGCUAGAACCGCCUGUCCGAAACGUAGCCGCUACCGCCAUCUAGGCCGGGUCACACGAAACAUUACCGACAUCUGCAGUCCGUAAUCUCCCGCAAGCCAGCGGCUGCUAUCCUCCAGACAAUGCCAAAGUCCCCGACCUUACGUUUAUGCAUGGGUAACAGCGGCGUCGUGAAUGAAUUUAACAGCCCUUUGUCUGCUAUGAGUCCCCGAUGAAAGUGAAUCGCGGUCAUACUGCGGUUGCGUUAGGAUAGUGUGAUGAAUACCGCUAUCGUUCACCGAACACCUGAGUGUCGCGAGAGAAUAAACUUGAAGAAGCUUUAGGGUGGGUGAUGAGUGUUGCGCAUGCUUCUGCCCAUCGUGCAUCUUGCAGCCAUGUUGUCUUGUUGCCCGCAAGUCUGGAGAUGUUUUGCAAUGAGAACGAAGCUCUGGUGUGAUAAAGUUUAGAGCUGUUCAUGAUGAUUGUGUGCCGAUCCUAAGUCAAUCCACCACUUCUAAGGAAUCAAUACAUUAUUAUAUGUAAUUGAA